GCGGACGGGCGAAGUUCCAUCGACUGAGGCGGUGAUGCGAGCGGACGGGGCGACCGAGUCGCGUCAUCCGCCGCCGUCUUCAUUGACCUUCACCGAGCUCCACACGGCGCUUGGCGAGGCGCAUGUGGCGGAGAUUAAGCGGCUGACCGCGCUUGUGGAGGAGGCGGCGCAGAAGAACCGGAAGCUGAUUGCCCUGGGCACAGAGGCGCAGGCAAAGGCUCUUGCCGAGGCUCGGGAAGGGUUCGUCAAGGAGUCCUUCUACCGUGAAGCCGAGUUCCGGGCGCAGCAGGCCGAAGAGGCCCGGAAAAGGGCAAAAGCGGAGGUGGCGGAAUUGACGAAGGUCCUGGAGCAGAAGGGCCGGGAGCUGGAGGACGUCAUCGCCGAAUACAAGGUGAAGCUGGAGGCCGCGACUGACGCGCGGGACUCUGCUCGUGGGGCUGCCGCGUCUCUGCGGGAGGAGGUGGCGGCCUUAAAGCAGCAGCACGCCAAAGAACUUGCUGCGGAGAAGGAGGCGUCCGAGGGCAUCGUCCUGGCGGUGCAGGCCGAGAAGACCAACUUCGAGGCGUUCGUCAGAGAGAUGUCGCGGCAGAUUCUUGGUACGUGCGACUUCGUGGAGACGGCGACUCCGCGGGAAUGCCUGUCGACCGCGACCGCGCGUAUCAUCGCCUGCGCGGGGGAGAUACUCGCCGCGCUCCGAGUACCUAAGCCCGCGGGAGGUGAUUCCGCGGGACACGCCAUCCGUCUUCAAGGCGGUGUCCAACAUUCCGGCUGUUGUUGACUGGCUUCGCCGCUCUUCCUGCCGCGUUGGCAUUACCAUGGCUCUGAGUAUGGUGCUGGCGCAUUACUCUGAAGGGUUCGACGUGGAGGAGGUCACCGCUGGCUUCCCCUCGGAGACUGGCGAGUUCGAUGUUGCCGAAGUGCUGCGGCUGAUGGAUGCGGUGCGCCCCUU